UUUCCGAACACACUGGCGGGAGUGCGAAUGUUAUCCUCUAGCUACAAAAUAACCGAAAACUACAAACAAAAAACCUGCCAAAGGAAGCUUUUGUUUAAUUUAUUUUGAAACCGAAUCUAGCAAGCAGGUGUUAUAUUGCAAGCAAUUGAAAUUGACAAAGUUUGCAGGAGAGAAGACGGUAACAACCAUCAGAAGGACUCCAUACACGUAAAUCUUUAGUCAAAGAGACUGAAUUGUUAACGUUGGCUAGUUUAUUAUUUUCCGUCCUGCCUUUAUCUGCAACGUCAAGGGAGAUAAACGAGCUAAAUUCGAUACAUUUUCAAAUUAUUAAUCUGCUACGCGUUCAAGACUACUGAAAAUAAAUGGCUAAAGUUCAAGUGUUGAAUGUCGCUGUGUUGGACAACCCAAGUCCUUUUGGGAACCCGUUUCAGUUCGAGAUUACGUUCGAAUGCAUGGAGGAUUUACCGGAGGACCUGGAGUGGAAGAUCAUCUAUGUGGGCUCAGCAGAGAGUGAGGAGUAUGAUCAGACUCUGGACUCAGUUCUGGUCGGACCGGUACCGGCAGGCAGACACAUGUUUGUGUUCCAGGCGGAUGCCCCCAACACCGGGCUGAUUCCUGAGAGUGAUGCUGUGGGGGUAACCGUGGCGCUCAUCACCUGCACCUACAACGGACAGGAGUUCAUCCGUAUCGGUUACUAUGUCAACAAUGAGUACACCGACCCAGAGCUCCGAGAGAACCCACCUGUCAAACCAGCCUACACCCAGCUGCAGAGGAACAUCCUGGCCUCUAACCCCCGUGUGACCCGGUUCCAUAUCAACUGGGACGGCUGUUCAGACAAGAUGGAGGACAGUGAGAACGUAGACCCCUCCCCCAACAGCAGCAGUAGCAGCAGCGUGGUGCCCUCCUCCUGUUUAGCUGGCAAGGCGUUAUCUGUAGGACUGAUGUCUGGUAACUCUAUGGACUGUCUGUAGAACACAGCCACCCCACCAGCAUUGCCUUGCCACGUUCUACUCCAGCAGUCGCCAGUCUGGCAGGAAGGUUGAGUCCCUGUUAUAAAGCAGCUGUAGGGUAUACGGUCUCCCUCCUUCACACAGCAACACCUCUCUCUGUCUCCACUGGCACACUAUUCCCUCCAUAGUGCACCUCCUUUUUAAACAGGGCCCUCUGCUCCAAUGUAGUGCACUAUCACAGAACAAGGUGCCAUGUCAGACUCCUGAUCCAAAAAGUCCUGUCCAACCAAUCCCCGAUCUGGGAUUACUUCCAGGAAGGUAGGCCUCUAGAGGGAGACUGUUGAGCCUCACCCUACAGGGCGACUCCAGGACUGUUCAGGCCUCAAUUCCAUUUCCAUUCAGGAAGUACUCUAACUCCAAUUCACAUCAAGGCUUUUCAAUGAAGAAUAAUGUAGAAUUGGAAUUUGUUUUACUUAACGAAUAGAAUUCAAAAGGACUUGAUCCCAAACCUGGUUAUGUGUCCCAAAUGUCAGUCUGUUCCCUACAUAGUGCACUACUUUUGACUAGAGUUGUCCGGGGCCCAUAGGGCUGUUGUCAGAAGUAGGGCACUAUGUAGGGGAUAGGGUACCAUUUGGGAGGCAACAUGCGUUGUAGUUGGGGGAGGGGUUUGUUUGUCAGUCAUGUGACUGUUGUUAUUUUACUGUAUAUACCUUUGAUUCAUUAGCACUUAAGAGAUGUCAUGUUUUUUUUUUG